GUAGUGAUUUAGGUGUAGACGUAGCCUUAGGAAGGAGGCUGUGAGAGAAACUGACAUGGAAACAGCAGCAGGUUUGAUGGUAAACUCUGAGGCAGGCACAGCUGGGGCUGGCUCUGUCCCUCUCCUCUCUCUUUUAAAGCCUCUUAGAGCUGUGGUGUGACGGGCUACAGCCAGGGUGGUAGGGAAAGUAGGGUGCAAAUUCUCUGCCCCUCAACUUUUCCUCUAGUCCUAUAGCACACCUAGCACGUCUAGUUCUGCCCCAGCUCUGCUCAUCCAUCUCAGUCCUGUCCUGCAACACCCCCCAUCUCUCUCUCUCUCUCCUUCCUCUGCUCCUUUUCUCCCCUCUUCCCCACCCAUAUCUCCUAGCUCUGUCCUUUCCAGUCUGCCAUGGCCUCCUUCCUGCUGUAUCCCCCCUCCACCCCCACAACUGUCUUACCCUCUGUUCCCUUUCCCCCCAUUCCUGCUCCCUCUGUUCAGUGUUUCUAAAGCCUCCCCGAUUAGCAGGACUCCCUGUUGCCCAGCUCAGCUUUCAGCCUGUCCCCUUUCAAAGAAAGGCAAAUUCCUUCUCCAGGAGACCAGGUAUCGCUCCUUCAUUGUUGCAGCAAUGGCGGGGUUACACAUCCUCCUGCAAACAGCAGGCCUCGGCAGCGAAGGCUUCCCAUGACAGUGAUGAUUUCUCUCUCGAGAAAACUAACGGUAGUUUUUAUUCGAUCGUUCACUCCCACUGCAGCUUCAGAGUGAGACGUUAGUGCCCACAAUAGGAUCCAGACAAAAUCAAGGGCUAAUCAUUCAGGCAUUGCCCUGGACAGCGUUAGUUCAGACUGUGCUGGUGGCUGGCCAUUCGUACAAGCCUGUGCCCCAGUUACUGCCCUCCAGCCGGUUCCAAGGCCCAGUGAGUGGAGUGUGAUCCCUCAAGCUAUAAAGAUUUACUGGCUUCAAAGCAGAGAUUUCUCUGCAGCUUCCCCGCGCUUUCAGCUGACUGAAAGUACCCGUGCGGAGUUAGGGUGUCGCAAUAUGGUGCGUGCUCAUCACUUACAUCCAUUGCAGUGUGGUUGGAGCCAUGGUGGUCCCACGACAUGAGAGGAGACCAGCUGGGUGAGGUUAUAUCUUCUGUUGGUGGAAGAGACCAAAGCUCGAAAGCUUGUCUCUUCCACCCACUUGUGUCUAUGUCGUUCAGGGCCACCACUUUGGGAGGAGGUUACUUUCUGCUCUUUGGUGUUCUCUUUGCUUUGCCUUCCGAGCUCUGCACUUCUGCAUUCAGGGUGUGUUUCUGCUAGAGCUGGGAUCCCCUCCUGCCUGAAGAAGGCACGUGUCCUCGUAGAGAGGAGGCUCGUGAAGGGGAACAAGGAGCUAAACUGCAAUCAGUCCAGUGGCCUGACCUAGCGGCUGCAGAGAAUAUAGUAUGUAUUCCCUGCAUUGAAGCACUGUUACAGCUCAGGAGGAUAAUCUCUCCUCCCUUCUCCAGGCUGCACUGGCUUCUGGGCUUUGCCCAUGGAAGGGAAGAAGAAAUUGUCCAUUGUUCUGAUUUUAUCAGUGAAAUCUCGAAGUUCUCCACCUCCGAGCCAUGGGAAUUGGCAACAAUCCACUAGGUCACCUGGCCCCUCCUCCUCCUGCUGCUGCAAGAUCCUUUGUUACAGAACAUGCCCAAGUUCAUUCUCUAACUGCUUGGAAACAUCCCAGAUGAGGAAGCUCCCACUGCUUCCCUUGGGAGACUAUUCUAUGGGCUAAUUAGGCCAGGAAUGGUAUCCAACCUUCACUCCCCUCCCCAAUCCUGUAUGUGGUACAACAUUAAAAUCGCCCCAUGGCCAGAAGUGGGUUGUUUAGACCUAUUGGGAGGCUGAUAGCACAACCAUGUGCCUACGGUGUCCAGGAAAACAGACGUUGCUCUGAAUACAGUGGGAGUUGUGGGGGAGCCAAGUGGGGUGAACAACGGGGGAAUGGGCCAAGAGAUGGGGAGGGGGAGAUCUCUGUAAUCGAGAGCUCUUGCAUAACAACCUGGCUUGUGUCUACACCUCAGGCCACCACACGCAUUUCCUCUAGUUGGAUGGGGUGGAUUAAUUGUUCCCUGGCUGUUUAGCACCUAGCACGUUUCAAGCCUGCAGCUGUGCUCAGAGUGGGCAUGUGACCAGCUUCCUUUGGUCAGCUGAGGGCUGUCAGUCAUUCCUUGGCAACUGAGCUGAAGUGGGGGGAGGAGGAAAGUGCUUCUAAGCAGGCACUAUCUUGUACUGCUCUUAGGUGGCCUGGAGUUAGCAGGACAGAGAGAGGCCAUCCGUCUGUCAGCAGUGGGGUGUCCAUGCUGGGGAGGGGAGGCAUCAAUUUGGUAAACGGAAGUAAUUGAAUUAGUUGCUCUCAGCUAUGUGCCACUUGGGAUGCGGUUACAGUUCAAACUCCGACCCAGCGAGAGGGCACUUUCCGAGCUCCAGGGAUGUGACCCAACCACUUUCAAAGGCUGGCAGGAAGGGACCCUGAAGGGAGGUGGGGUGGUGUGGCAGUUCGGAAAGGGAAAGCUACAAGAAACAAACAAACCCUUUUGCCUCCCCGUGACUAGGGGACUUUCUGGGGAAAGGCUCUCAAGCUGCUUGCUGGCUCUGAGCCCCGUGUUCAGUUCUGGAGGGAAUCACUAGCCCAGCGGAGCCAGCUGAGAGAAGUAAGCCUGAGUCACUGCAGAGCCUCAUCUUUCCUCGCCAUAAAAGGGAGGGGUAAUUCUUUGUAUGAUGAUCAAUCAAACCUGAACUGCUGGCCCUGGACCCAGCCCUCUCUAGAAUUCUGGGAGCCCCAGAAGUCCGGGUAGCUAUGGCAUGUCAUCGUAGCAGCGUGAAGAUUGAUACCAGACAGCCUGCAAGGCUCUCGUGUGCUCCCUAAGGUGCUGGCACAUUUAAACUUGGAGACCUCAAGAAUUUAAGCUGCACUACCCAAAUAGUGCAAAGACCAAGUUCCACAGGCUCAAGACACUGUAUUCCUGCUGUAGCCAUCCCAGCAUUUUGAGGCACGUUUCCACAGGCUUUGUUUUCCUGGUCACAUUCCCAUUCCUUUGUCUCCAGAUGUGUCUGCCCCAUAGACUUGGGCUGCAUCUAGCUCUUAGGCCCUCGCCAGCCUAAACCACAUUCUCUGUUGCUCGCUGCUUUUUGGUCUCCCAUCUCUAGUCACAAACACCUCGGGGGCUGUAGCUGCACCCACGCCCUGGCCUCUAACUGCUCCCAGGCCUUUGCCUCUGUAAUCCAGUGGCCUCUGUUCUCAGAUUCUGCUUCCUCUAGCCAACCAUGCUCUCAGUCCUCUAUUCAUACUCCUGAGUUUCUUCUCCCCCUGCUCCAAUGAGUUCUGGUCUCCGCUGUCUCUUGUCUUCAUUUCUAGUCACUAACAGUUUGUUCUUGCUGGACACACUGUCAUUAGUUACUUUUUAAAUUCUUCCUGCAAAUCCACAAGAGCAAAAUUAAUACCGUAGCUGUUGGAGAAGCUAUGCAAAAUCCAGCUGGAAAUAAACAGUAGGAGAAAUGCCCAGUAAUCUUAGGCCUGGGGUAAUUCUGGAAGGCAGAAUAUCCUGGCUUUCUGGGAUUUCAUUCCCUUGCUCCGUGUUCCCAACAGAGAAAUUUAGAGUAAUCUGUGCAAAUGGAGAGACAGCGAUGGAGACAGGAGAGCUGCAGGAGAAUCUGUUCUUGACUGGAAAGCUUGGGGCUCUCCCUCCAUAGUGAACAUGAUACCAUGUAAAGUGGAGGUAGCUUCAGAUGUCUCAUUUGGCUCAGCUGAAAUCUUGGUGGCAGUUCUUCCUGUCUCCUGUUUAGAGAGAGCUCUGUGAACUCCUCUUGCAGGUGAGACAGCUUUUCUGGGUCACUGCUAGGGAGCCAUUAGUGGGAAUAUUUACUUGGAAAUUCAAUCCCGGCUCACGCUCCCCUCUAAUUGAUUGAAGAGUUUCUUUGAAGUGAAGAAGUUAAUUUAGUGUCUGAAUAGGGGAGGGGAAAGGAGGGCCUUGGAAAAGAGGCUUCAGGUAAGAAGUUUCUUUAUUUCACACCUGCUGGAGACAAGUGGUGAUCAGAGACUGUCUGCAGUUUGCCUCCUACAUGGACACACCUGGGAAAGUCCAGACCAGCUCUCGGUUUCACUGGACUCGACUGGGUCAGCAGAGACCCCUCCCCGACCACCACAGUAAUUUAAUUGGAACCUCACAUUUAGUUUUUUUGGGGGAAAGAGAGCAGGGUGAGGACCAGUCUCCACUUUGUUCCAGGACAUACCUGGAUUAACAGAGACAGCUCAAAUCCUCCAGUACACCUGAACUCACCUGUCCAAGACUUAGCCAGCUCUGCAGAUCUCUGAAUCACUCUGUGCAGGUAAGAUGGGGAGGAUUUCGGUGGGGAAAAGGUGCUCUGAGAGUGGGGGGUGAGGUGGGGGGUGGGCAUUCCUAGUGUUCUGCCCAUUGAAAUUCAUCUUCCUCUACAGCUUCUGUAACUUGGGACUCCUCUGGAGCAGUCUGGUGCAAAUUGUGUCAAGAUUGCCAUGUUCCUAAUGGCUGUUCCCUCCUUUUGGGGCUGACAUAGCCUCUCAAAAAGGGGGUGUUCAGUGCAGUGCUAAGGGAAGAGGGGAUCCUGUUGGUUCUGGAGUGGGACUUUACUCUCCUCAGCAUGGUAAAUGUUCAGGAAUAUCAAUGUACACUUAAUGCUGAGGAGUGAAGGGGUGAAAUUCGCUUCGGGGAGGGGCAUUUCCUUUCCCCUGCCUAUGCAGAUGAACUCAUUUGUCUUUCUCUUCCCCCCUCUUUCUCUUCCCCUCCCCCCCAAAUUACCAAAAUCGCACUGGUAAUUUAUCCUCUCCGAAUUUCAUGUCAGUGGGGUUUGCUGGAGGGUGGAGUUUGGGCUCCUUUGUGGUCACAGUGUAAACUAUUGAGUGACUAUUUGGAGUCAUCUAGCCCGCUGUAGGUGCUAUGUAAGUAACAAAACAAAAAUUUGGCAUGGUUUUCUUUAGGGAUGGGCAAGAUGGUUUGGAGAGAGAACCGGCCUGUCUGUCUCUCCCUGCUAGAAACCUUGAAUUGACCCCAGAAGUGCUCUGAGGCUGAAGAGAUCUCUCUUCACCUUUAAUAGUCCACAUGUACUGGCUUUGGCUGGGCCCUGAAUAUUGCAGUAUCGGGAGUCUAUUCUGAUGUUGCCUCCGAGCCGACAAACAAGCAGGGUGUAGUGCAGCCAUGAUUCUCUGCCAGCCAUGAGCUGAACAGGAUUAUGCUCCCUCCACAGGAGUUUCAGGUGAGCGAGGUCUGGAUCAUUGUGUCUGCAUGUGACCAUCAGCCUUUGAAGUCUGGUUGUCCCAACUUCAAGAGCCAGCUAUGGCUUCCCCAGCAGAGCCAGCCAGCUCACCAGGACAUCAGUAUGAGCCAUAUGCUGCAAUGUCAAUCCUUCAUUCGAGUUUUGGGUGCAGUAAUCCUGCUCAACCCUCUGGCCUUGUUGAAGGUGGCUGGUGCGCUCCCUUGAGGGAGUAGGAAACCAGACAGCAGGCUCUGAAGUCUCCUUCAGGAGUAAGAAACCCUGUGGUCUUCAGGCUUCUAAGCCAGCUCUCCCCAUUAUCCAAACCCACCCAACAAAAGAGAACCCCUCCUGCUUCAGAGCAUGACCCACCUCUAGCUGAUGGAGGUCAGGGAGAUACGUUUCCUAUGGGCAAGUCAUUCCAGAGUAUCUUUGUUUGGGGCUUCUCACUCCUUUCUCUGCAGCAUCUGGCUACUGGAACAAUGUCUCCCUGGUUAAUCUGGACUGCAGCAUAACUGGAGUCAGGUCUCCUCAAUGGGCAAGGCUCUUUCACAUUCCCCUUCCCCUCCGGUGGAUGAGUGGGAUUCUCACGGGCCAGAAGAGUAGGAAUCCUCCACCUGUCUCCUUUCCACUCAGGUGCAGCGGCUCUGCUCGUGUCCCUAGUUGGAGGAUGUUUGGCUCAGAAUACAUGGUGUCCUCACUCCCGGCUGCAUCUCGCUUCUACGGCCCUGCUUUCUCAGCCCAGCUCGCAUCCGCUCCUGUCUGCAACCUCUUCCUCCCAGCUCCCCUUUUCAGCUACCAGCUCUUCCAGCCCUGCAGCGCUCCGGAGCCCUGCAAACAAGCACUGCUGCUGGCAAGCCAAGAUGCAGGUUUGGGGGAGCUGGGGGACUUCUCAGAGGAAGCUCGCCCGCAGAAGCAGAGACGAGCCCGAGCCAAUUACAGCAGCUGGCAGCUGGAGGAGCUGGAAUCAGCCUUUGAGACCACGCGCUACCCUGACGUCUUCAUGAGGGAGGCCCUAGCCCUCCGGCUAGACCUGAUAGAGGCCAGGGUGCAGGUUUGGUUCCAGAACCGCAGGGCGAAGCUGAGGAGACAACUGAAACUGCAGGGACGAGCUCUGGACCGAGCCCUCACUAGGGACUUGUCUGCCUCAGGACACAAGAAGCCCCAAGCCCCCCAGGAAAUCGAAGGUUCAAGUAAGAGCUCUAGAGCUGGAACACUGGAAGGAGACUCGGAACACUGGCCAAGCACUGGCCCCAAAGGGCAGCCUCCUCCUGGACCUCCCCUGUGCAGGGGAGCUGAGGCCACCGGGUGGGCCACAGCCAAAGGAAAUUUGCUCCUGCAGCAUCCCCAGCUUGUGGGUCAAGGCACAAGAGUAUGAGGCUGUAAUUGACCCCACUGCAGCUCAGGAGCAGCCUGACUCAGAACCAGACCCAGCAGAGCUCUGGGCAUACACGGAUAGUGCCUGAAACUGAUCCUGACAUCAGUCCCCCUUCCCGUACCUCUCCAACCUCUGGGCCUUGGACCUUUUCUCCCAAACAAAGACUGUAUCCAUUUCUUCAGGGGGCUGUAGUCACCAUGAAUGGAGCAGGGAGCAUCAGAGGCAUUAUAGGGGCUUCCCAAGCCCACUGAGGGCUGUUGUCCAUCUCUGAUCCGUCCAUCUCUGAUCACCCUUGGUGCCUCCCUGUUUGGUAGCUGUUGCCUGAACUCCUUUCUCUCUGAUUGGCAUCUGCAUUACACUUCCCAGCACCUGCACUCAACUGGGACAGCAGCAUGUGCAGAGACUUUGGGUCUCAGAUACCCUGGUUAAAAUCUUUCCAUAUUUGACCAGGGACAGACCCAUCCCCUUCUCCAGGCUUAUUUCUCAGGAUCCCUUCAGUAGAACACAUGCAUUAGCGCAUCGUUAGCAGGGGGAUGUCACCUCUCUACUCUGGGUUGUCUUCUUCAAAUUAAGCUAUUUUUGUCAUAGGCUCUGAUCCAAUGAGCCUGUGUUUGGUAGGGUUGCCAAUUUUGAUUGGAUGUAUUCUUGGAGGUUUCAUCACAUGACAUAAUCUUUAAUUAAGGAUUAAUUCCUGGAGAGUCCAGGCCAAUCCUGGAUGGUUGGCACGCUGUUGGAUGCUUAGCAGGGGCCUUGGAGCCCUUAGGCAGUAGAACGGGAGAAGUAUGAAGCAGGCAGACUCCUGCUCUUCACACUGUUGCAUGGCUCUUGGGACCAUGUGGCGUUCUCAUCUGCUGUCCAAAGCCAGGUAGGGUGACCAGAUAUCCUGAUAUUGUCAGGCCUGUCCCAUUAUUAGGAGCUUUGUCUUAUAUAUGCAACUAUCCCUCCCCCUGGAAAAAAAGUGUCCCACUUUUCACACUUGCUAUCUGGUCACUCUAGAGCUAGGGUCCCUUUCCAUUGUUCAACUCGGUGCCUUGUGGCUUCCUGGCUAUUUGCUCCCCUCUAUACCUCCCACGACCACUAGAGGGCAUUGAGGUUUUGCCAGGUGUUACAGCUCCUUAGAAGCUGCCUGAGCUGUGUGCACUGGGGGAGACCACGAUUCCUCUAAAUUCGCCAGCGGCUGGACGUUUGUUUCUAGUCAAACGCUGUGAGGUGCUGAUGUGCGGGAGAUUCCAGAGGAGUGUCAUGAGGUGGGGGGUUGGUAUUAACCAGAGCUAGCUGCUUGACAGAGGCAUAGCAUCUGUCCUUCCAGUCAUCCCACUGUCUGCAAAGGGCUGCGGGGAGUAUCUGAAGCAGCUUCUGAGGAUGAGGAAGGGAAACAAAAGUCUGACUUCUCUGCAGUCUGGCUGAGCCAAUGUCAUUGGUCCUAGCAUAGGGCUAGUGGGCGGGGGGGAAGGUGAGCCCCUUUGUUCCCAUCAAUUCUUUCCCAUCAGUCUGGUCAAAAUGCUCCAGCAUAGCCACCGACAGAGGAGACAGACUGUACUCUGAGGGCCAAUUCUGCAUUGGCUGUGGGGACCAGUGACCGUUCCACCCCCUAGAAGCUCAUGAUCCUGUGAUGAAUGGAAAGGGGCACGAGAAGUAAAGUAAGAUGAAAAGAGAUGAAAGAGGAAGCACAAUACAUUGCUCAACCAGACUCAAUGAGCUGGCACUCUUCCCUGUUCGUGGUCUCUACCAUCAGCUUUCUGGUGUCAGAUGCGGAGCAGAAGUAUUGGAUUAUUAGAGAUGCUGCUGCCUUUAAAGUGAUUUGCUUUUUCUUCCUGUUGGAUGACGAUCAAAUAAGUCCUAGAAAAUAAACUGGUUCAUAGAACUG